AUGCAGAUAUCGAACGCGUUUCUUCGCGAGGAAGAAGAAGCGGCGAAUGCGACGUCGUCGUCGUCGUCGAUUCCGUUUGGUUCGCCGGUUCGAAACAAAAACAAUACCAACCUCGCGCCGCCAAAGUCGCCGACGAGGAGUAGUUUUUAUACCAAGUCGAGCGUUACGGCAGCGUCGCCGCCAAAGUCGCCGAUUAAAUCGCCCGGGUCGAUGUUGUCGCCGACGAGAGAGAGUAAAAAGAAGCAGUUGAAGUUUGGUGAGGGUUUAUCGACGUCGUCGUUUUCUUCGCGCGACGAGGAGAAGAGGAACGACUCGGAGCUGCCGAUUCUUGAUAUCCCGGAGAGCGACGAUAGCGAAGAUUUUAGCGUGAGAACAAUCACGAGUUCCGUGCAACAGUUAGCUUUGGAGGCAGAGAAGGAGAACGUAGUGGAGAAGCAACAGCAACAUCAAAAGUCCUCACCGUUGAUUUUGGAGAAUAAGACGCCGUUUGCAAAACAGCAACAAGGUUUGAGUCCAAGCCGAGGUGGACAAAGAAACGGCGCGUUGAGUUCUCAUUCGUCUGCAUCCUCGUCGUCAUUAUCGUCCGCGAUUUCGCCUUCGCCGAACUAUUUGAUUCCUCAGUUCUUCUUCCCGAACAAGAAGUGGAUUCCAGAGAUCAAAUCGGCAAAGAUUAUGGAAAAAUUUACGCAAAAGUUCAACGACGUCUUGCAUAACGAAACGCCGGGCGUUUUGAGCAAAGAAGCGUUUUCGAGUUUGGUGAGAGAAUUCAUCGGCAUUCCGAGUUAUUUUGGCCCGUUGAUUAUGAAACGCGCGACGGAUAUGUGCAGUAGUAAAGUAGAGGAUGGUCCGACAUCGUCGGUAUCGUCUACAAAAUCAGCGAAUACGACGGAAAUGAAGGAUUUUGAAGAUGACUUUGGAGAAGAGGAUUCGGAAGACGUGACUCAAAUCAAAAGAGAUGACUUCUUGCGCUUUUGGAAGAAAACAUUGUCGAGAUAUAACGACGAGACGGAAAUGAUUUACAACAUCUUGAAAGAUCCGAAGCAAAAAGGCGAUUUCGUCUCGCAAAACGAUUUCAGAUCAGUUAUUCGAGCGUUGCUCGAUACUCAUCCGGGAUUAGAGUUUUUGAAGCACACGGCGGAGUUUCAAGAUCGAUAUUUAGAAACCGUCAUAUAUAGAAUCUUUUACACGGUAAAUAAAGAUUGGAACGGUCGAAUGACGUUGAGAGAGUUGAAGAAAUCCGAUUUGAUCAGCGCGUUUAAACAGUGCGAAGUCGAAGAGGAUAUCAACAAAGUCUUGAGAUUUUUCAGCUACGAGCACUUUUACGUGAUUUAUUGCAAAUUCUGGGAGCUCGAUACCGACCACGAUUUCUUAAUCGACCGAGACGAUUUGUUGCGAUACGGGAACCACGCUUUGACGUAUAAAAUCGUCGAUCGCGUUUUAUCGGAAAGCGUGAAGCCAUUCACUUCCGGCGUUCCUGGUAAAAUGGGAUACGAAGAUUUCGUUUGGUUCGUCCUAUCCGAAGAGUACAAAUCUCAAGACUUGUCCAUUAAAUAUUGGUUCAAGUGCGUGGACAUCGAUAACGACGGGUUCUUAUCUAGCGGUGAUUUAGCGUAUUUUUACGAGGAGCAAUUGCAACGAAUGGAGUGCUUGGCUCAAGAACCAGUGUUCUUCGAGGAUAUCGUGUGCCAAUUGACGGAUAUGAUAAAACCAAAGAUUGAAGGUUUCAUCACUUUAGAGGACAUGGUGCGCUCGUUGCCCAUGAGUGGGAACACGUUCAACGUCUUGUUCAAUCUGAACAAAUUCAUCUUAUUCGAAACCCGAGAUCCGUUUACUAUUCGUCAAGAGCGAGAAGAGAAACACUUAACCGAGUGGGAUCGAUUUGCACGAGUGGAAUACAUGCGUUUAUCUCAAGAAGACGACGAAAUAAUGUCCGAAGCCGACGACGUGGAGAACUUGUCCUCGUUCGCGGUGAGCAUGAACGAGGACGAGGACGAGGAUACUAAUAAUAAUAGCAGUAACAACAGUAGUGAUAGUAGUAGGAGUAGUAGGAGUAGUGGUGGUGGAAAAACGAACACUUCAUCUGCCUGGGACGACGACGACGAUGAUGAUGAUGAUGAAGAGUAUUAG